AUCGAUUGGUUAUUUGAAGCGCUCCGUCACGUAUCCAGUCGUGUGUUGCAGCAUAGAAAUGAUCAAUUUUCCUUAAUUAAUGGUAAUAAUUAAAUCUCCGGGAAAAAAUUCUUUCCGCAUAGAUAGUUCAUAUAUAUAUAGAUUCACCCAUUGAAGAGAAAAAAGUUGGAGAAGAAAUGCUAAGCGAGAUGAAGAGCUGCGUUUUGGUCUGCGUCUUCCUGCUUAUUGGCUUGGUCGCCUGUCGCCAGACUGAAGAAGAACACCGGGACAUCAUCUACCGAACCGUCCGAGGCAUCAAAAACUCGCGGAUCAAAGGUGGCGACUGCCGUUAUAAAAAAGGACCGUGGGAACCGUGUGACCCUGUCACCAAUACAGAACAACGCACUCUGACGAUAAAGAGAGGAGAUUCCAGCUGUGAGCCUUCCAGAACCUUGACCAGAAAAUGCAAGAAAGCUUGUAAAUAUGAAAAGGGAGAAUGGAAAGAGUGCGAUGCCAUCACUAACGAACGCGUCCGCAUCGAUAAACUGAAACCUAAGAGCGAUCCUUCCUGCGACGACACCAGGAAAAUUACCAAAAAAUGUAAAAAAAGUAAGUAAUGUAACAG